AUGGAGGACCUGGGCCUGAAAGAGGGUGAUCACGUCACCGUAGCAGUCUCAGGUGGUGUCGAUUCAGCUACCACCCUUCGUAUAUUAUGCGAACAUCCAAUACACCUCGAUGUGGUGUUCAUGCGUAACUGGGACCCCCUCUUAUCUGAAAGUCCACCUCCUUCAGCGACCUCCUCGUUCUCCUUGUCAUACAAAUCGACAAGAGGGAAUGCUCAGUCGACCUGUCAAUGGGAGAAGGAUUGGAACGACGUGCAGACGAUAUCACGGUCGAUUGGCAUCUCUCCUGGCAAAGUCAAGCUGAUAGAUCUCAGCAAAGAGUACUGGAGCAGGGUGUUCGAACCUGCUGUCAACGUAUGGGAGAAAGGCGCGACUCCUAAUCCGGAUAUAGAUUGCAACAGAGAGAUCAAGUUCGGUGCUUUGAUGGAGGUUUUACCGAGCAAGUCAAAACAUUUCCUCGCCACGGGACAUUACGGCCGGGUGGACCACACCCUGAAUCAAGCAAAGCUGAUGAGGGCGAGAGAUCAGACUAAAGAUCAGACAUAUUACUUGUCACAAAUGAAUGAAGCGCAGCUAAGUCGUACGAUCUUACCCCUGGGAAGGUUAACCAAAUCCACCGUGAGACAACUAGCUACAUAUUGGAAUCUCUCCAACGCGAAUAAAGAAGAGUCGAUGGGUGUUUGUUUCAUAGGAGAAAGAGGCAAAUUCGGUGAUUUCAUAUCUCAGUACACAUCCCCGCCAAUCUCUCCAGGUAACAUAGUCCUACCGUCAGGGGAAAUGCUAGGCCCACAUAAAGGAUUGUGGUAUUAUACCAUAGGCCAGCGAGCUAAAAUCCCGAAUCAGCUUAAACCGCUUUUCGUAGCGAAAAAAGGCGUAGGCGAGAAUGGUCAGGAUAUACUGGUUGUUCCAGGACAUGAUCAUCCCCUCUUGCAAUGUCAUCAGGUAACCACGGACACAUUUCAUUGGAUACACGGUGCCUACCCCGCAGAUCUACUAGCAAGGGACGAUGGGAAGGUGAAUAUCCAAGUCAGACACAGGAUGGAACCUGUUCUUGGCAAGGUAGUCAAGACGGGAGAUGGAGUAACCAUAGAUUUCCCUCGCCCUUUGAUCGGAGUGUCGCCAGGCCAGGUAGCUGCGGUAUGGUAUGAUGACUGGUGUCUGGGGAGCGGUGUGAUACGAGAAACAAUAUGUGGCGAGGCGUAA